CAUCCCAGAGAGCAGCUGUGGUUGGGGUGGGGCUCAGAAGUGGGGCUGCUGUCUCUCCCAGGCCAGACCCCUCCCUGGGUGCCCUGGGCUCUCAGGCUCCCAGGGUUGGGGGCUGGAGUUUGUGCCCCACUCCUGGCCUUGACCUGCUGACCACCAGGGAGUCCUGGCCGUGACCCCCCAUCUGGGGUCGUGAGGAGGCUGUGGGUGCCCGAGGACACCAGGCCAUGCCCCCACCCCCGCACCCCGCAUGUGGGCCCCAAUGCCCGCUCCACUGCCCGCAGAUCCCGCAAUGUUUCCCAGGCAACUGUCUCAAUACAGCCUGUCUGCCUGGCACUCCCGCACCCCGUAAAUGCCACUGUGCCUGGCUCCCAGCAGGCUUGCCCGCUUGGCACCCACAGGCCGGCAGGUGUGGCAGAGCACAGCCCGCUGCCCGGCAGCGUCAGCAGGCUGCUCUGGCGGAGGAGGCAGCCCAGGCCUCUUGGCCGUCCUCACUGGCGAGCGGGCACUGCCAGGGCACCCUGCGUGGGUGCCGUGCCGGUUUGCCACAUGGUGCGGGGUGGAGGCAGCCAAGGUGGCCUGAUGGCAGAACCAACCGCAGGAAAUCAAAAGGGGGUGUGGGGAAGCGAGUGGGGCUCAGACAACCCCAGUCUGGCCGAAAGGUUUUGCCCAGCUCGGUGGCUGACCGCCCUGCCAUGGCAUCCCAGGCUGGCUGGGAGCUCCGGCUGAGACCCUGGGGGUCCCCGGGGACCAUUCUGCCUGCAGCAGCCCCCCGAUCCCUCCGGGCAGCACCCGUGCUGCAUCUCCACUUGCUCAGGCGUGUGGGGUCUGUGUUCCAGCAGAUGGGGCCCCAGGGUGGGGUCCCCAGCGUGGGGAGAGACCCUGGCACAGGCGGGCACUCAGGAAACGUUUGGGGGCGGGGCGGACGGGGCGGGGUCCGUAUCGGGGGCGGGGCUGGAGGGGCGGGGUCCGUCUCGGGGGGCGGGGUCCGUCUCGGGGGCGGGGCUGGCCGCGCGGGGUCGCUUCCGCCAGACGCGCCGGGGCUGAUGGCGGCGACGCGGGAACCGCGGCUGAGGCUGAGCCGCCGGAGGCCGCCCUCAGACGGCGGGCCCCAGGGCGGCUGCCCCUGGCUUCUCCGGGGGGGCGGCAGCGAGAGCGAGCGGCUCUGGGCCGAGCUGCUGCGCACGGUGAGCCCGGACCUGACGCUGGACGCCGAGCCGCCGCCGCUGCCGGCCCGCCCCGGCCAGGAGUCCCAGGACAGCCCGGAGCGCGCGGCGACCCCCGAGGUGUUCACGGUCGGACCCAAGACCUUUUCCUGGACGCCCUUUCCGCCGGCCCCCGGGGGCCCCAGCCGCUCCUACUGGCCUGAUCGCGGGGCAGGAGGAGGAUGCCCGGAGUCCCCCACCAGGUCCCCCCAAGUACGCCCCGCACCCGAACCCUGUGGGACUCCCAGCGCAGAGGAGCAGCCGGCAGUGGAGGGGGCACUGGCCCUGCAGAGCUGCCCGAUGUGCCAGCAGGAGUUCGCCCCUGGGCUGACCCAGCUGGACGUCGACAGCCACCUCGCUCAGUGCCUGGCAGAAAGCGCCGAAGACAUGGCGUGGUGAGCGCCGGGGUGGCCAGAGCCGCCCUGACACGCUGGGCGGCCUCGCUCCCCGCCAACUCCCGCUCCCAGAUGUGCUCAUCAGCACGGGCCGGUCCUGUCUCUCUUCGUGUUGACACUGAAACGUUGGCUUCCUGUGCUUUUCUGAUGUUUGUGUUAGGGCUGAUUUGUCGCAGUAAGAUCAGAAAAUUAACGGCGCAGUCGCAGGCGGGUGAGUUGAAACCCAUCCGUGCCACAGACGCGGUGGGUCCCGCCAGCGGACGGGCAGACGGGCCUGGGGCCGCGCGUCUUCCUGACCGGGAGGACAGUUGUGCGUGGGUCACGUCUCACCACUGUUUUAAUUCCGGAAGUGAACUGGUUCACCGUGCAGCUGCGCAUACUUGCCGGGAGGUGAGGACGCUGUCACUGUGCCGUGGGCGUGUCUGUGCCCCCAAGUUCGCGUGCUGAAGUCCUCACCCCAAGGCGAUGGUGUUGGGGGGGCCUUGGGACAGAUCAGGUCCUGGGGGUGGAAACUCACGAUGGGGUCGGAGGGCUCUCUCCCCUGUCCACUCAGAGGACACCGCAAGCAGGCGCCGUCCCCGGCCAGACGUGUCCCCACCAGAACCGUGAGAGGCGAGCCCCGUCCUCAGCAGCGUGUGUUAGCACCGAGCUGACUCAGAUGCCAUCUGGGGCUCUGGGACUCAGGUGCAGCCUGUCCUCAGACAGGGCGUCCCGGUGGGGGGGGUGGCACCGGCCGUGGCGCCUGUUCCGUCGGGGCUGGCAGUGUGGGUGCAGAGUGAGCAAGGGCGCAUCUUCAGGCGGUUCCUGCCCAUGCUGGUCCCCGCGGGUCCUGCAGAGCCAGGCUUGGGGCCGGCUGGGUGCCCAUCCCUGGGUUCCUGUCACCAGCGUCUGCCAGAGCAGCAGCCGGGGAGGCAGGCCCGAUGUGCAAGCCCAGGGCUGACACCCAAAUCCCCGUUCUCCUGUCCGAUGUGGCUUCACGUAGCCGUGGAGACAGGAGGAGCCUCCGUGCACGCUGCUGAGUGAAGGCAGCCAGCCUGGGAAGGCCACACGCCGCGUGAUUCCAACCGCGUCGUUCUGGAAAAGGCAAAGUGCGGGGGCAGCAAAGAUCUGGAGCUGCAGCGCGGUGGGGGGGCUGCGCGUGGGGGCAUCGUCAGGACAGUGAAGCUCCCGGGUGAGCAGCGGUGGUAGAUCCGCAUCCAAAUCCACAGUACCCAUCACUGAGUGAAGCCUGAUGUGAACUGUGGUCUUGGUGACCAUGUGGGGUCACCACUGUAAGGGACGCACCCUCGGGCCCGUGGGCUGGGGCGCGGGGAACACGCUGUGCCUUCCACCCAAUUUUGCUGUGAAUCAAAACCGCUCUAAACAAAUUAAAGUCUAUGUAAGAAAA